AUGAGCGACGUCCCCUGCAGGAAGCGCGAGGACUACCUGGAAUGGCCCGAGUACUUCAUGGCCGUGGCCUUCCUGUCGGCCCAGAGGAGCAAAGACCCCAACUCCCAGGUGGGCGCCUGCAUCGUCAACGCGGAGAACAAGAUCGUGGGCAUCGGCUACAACGGGAUGCCCAACGGGUGCAGCGAUGACCUGCUGCCCUGGCGGCGGACGGCCGAGCGGAGGCUGGACACCAAGUACCCGUACGUGUGCCACGCCGAGCUGAACGCCAUCAUGAACAAGAACUCCGCCGACGUGAAGGGCUGCACCAUCUACGUGGCCCUGUUCCCGUGCAACGAGUGCGCCAAGCUCAUCAUCCAGGCAGGUAUCAGAGAAGUCAUCUUCAUGUCGGAUAAGUACCACGACAGCGAGGAGACCACCGCCGCCAGGCUCAUGUUCGACAUGGCCGGGGUGGCCUUCCGGAAAUUCACACCCAAGUGCAGCAAGAUCGUCAUUGACUUUGAUUCCAUCAACGGCAGGCCCAGCCAGAAGCUGCCGUGA